ACAGGAGGGAACUAAGUACACACCCCAGAGGGGCCCGAGUGUUGAGGAUCAGCGUGGCUGACGUGUUGUUGCCUACCCUUACCACCUGGGGGCGGCCUGUUUAAACAAUGAGUUUAAACGCUAUGUGCAUGAUAACAGCAUACCCAUUCAUAAACUGGUCGCGGUCACUACAGACGGGGCACCAGCAAUGCGUGGGCUGCAUUCGGGCUUCGUUGCACUGUGCCGUCGUGAUCCGAUUUCCCAGAGUUUUUGAACGAUCACUGUGUGAUCCAUCAGCAAGCACUAGCUAGUAAAGUCGUGGACUUGUCUCAUGUCAUGACACUAGCUAGUAAAGCAGUGGACUUGUCUCAUGUCAUGACACUAGCUAGUAAAGUAGUGGACUUGUCUCAUGUCCUGACACUAGCUAGUAAAGUAGUGGACUUGUCUCAUGUCCUGACACUAGCUAGUAAAGUAGUGGACUUGUCUCAUGUCAUGACACUAGCUAGUAAAGUAGUGGACUUGUCUCAUGUCAUGACACUAGCUAGUAAAGUCGUGGACUUGUCUCAUGUCAUGACACUAGCUAGUAAAGCAGUGGACUUGUCUCAUGUCAUGACACUAGCUAGUAAAGUAGUGGACUUGUCUCAUGUCCUGACACUAGCUAGUAAAGUAGUGGACUUGUCUCAUGUCAUGACACUAGCUAGUAAAGUAGUGGACUUGUCUCAUGUCAUGACACUAGCUAGUAAAGUAGUGGACUUGUCUCAUGUCAUGACACUAGCUAGUAAAGUAGUGGACUUGUCUCAUGUCAUGACACUAGCUAGUAAAGUAGUGGACUUGUCUCAUGUCAUGACACUAGCUAGUAAAGUAGUGGACUUGUCUCAUGUCAUGACACUAGCUAGUAAAGUAGUGGACUUGUCUCAUGUCAUGACACUAGCUAGUAAAGUAGUGGACUUGUCUCAUGUCAUGACACUAGCUAGUAAAGUAGUGGACUUGUCUCAUGUCAUGACACUAGCUAGUAAAGUAGUGGACUUGUCUCAUGUCAUGACACCUGUCUUUAUGAUUGUUAAUUCGAUUAGUGCAAAAGGACUUCAGCACCGCUUGUUUAAAUCUUUAUUAGAUGAGCUUGAUGCCGCGUACGGUGACUUGAUUCUCCACACUUGCGUAAGGUGGUUGAGUCGCGGGAAAGUACUGCAGCGAUUUGUUGACUUGCUGCCCGAGAUCAAAUCAUUUCUGGAGUCAUGAAGUGAGGAGCGUGAGGGACUGUCUGAUGAUGCAUGUCCUCACGGACAUAACAGCCAAACUGAACCAGCUCAACUACGAGCUUCAGGGAAAAGACAAAGACGUGAUACACAUGAUCAGUGCUGUCAAUGCCUUUAAGGCCAAGGCCUUUCAGCUGAGGAAUGGAAGGCUGGUGCACUUCCCAAACCUGGAGAAAAUGUCACUAAACAUCGGAAACAAAGAUUAUUUUCUCCCUCCAAGAAUUCUGUUCCCACCUGGAGAAACAGGCAUCUGAAUUCAACAGGUGUUUUCAGGAGUUAAAUGACACGGGGAGGUUGUAACAUUUUAUCUCAAACCCUUUCCUCUCCAUUGACAUGGAGGAGGUGUCCGCCAAAUUCCAGCAAGUAUUUGCUUUACCAGUCGGAGUUGACAUGGAGAUAAUUGAAUUGCAAAAUGACAUCGAGUUGAAAGCAAGAUCAAGAAAUGGUGACUUGAGGUCUUGUAAACACUGAAAAGUUUCCCCUCCUUUCAUCCUGCACACUUAAGGUGAAGGUCUACUUUGGAUCAACUGUAUCUCUGUGAGAUGGCCUUUCCACAGAUGAAAAGAGUCAUGUCAAAGAACAGGUCUUUUCGAUCUAAUAGACGUCUUACAGACCGUGUUAGACUUCCUGAUAGUGUGCGAUCACAGCCGUCACAUUGAAUGUGUGUGUGGGGAGAGGGGAUCUCAUCCACAGCCGUCAGAGGGAGUGAGUGUGUGUGGGGAGAGGGGAUCUCAUCCACAGCAGUCAUAUUGAAUGUGUGUGUGGGGAGAGGGGAUCUCAUCCACAGCCGUCAGAGGGAGUGAGUGUGUGGGGAGAGGGGAUCUCAUCCACAGCCGUCAGAGGGAGUGAGUGUGUGGGGAGAGGGGAUCUCAUCCACAGCCGUCAGAGGGAGUGAGUGUGUGGGGAGAGGGGAUCUCAUCCACAGCCGUCAGAGGGAGUGAGUGUGUGUGGGGAGAGGGGAUCUCAUCCACAGCAGUCAGAGGGAGUGAGUGUGUGGGGAGAGGGGAUCUCAUCCACAGCUGUCAGAGGGAGUGAGUGUGUGUGGGGAGAGGGGAUCUCAUCCACAGCUGUCAGAGGGAGUGAGUGUGUGUGGGGAGAGGGGAUCUCAUCCACAGCUGUCAGAGGGAGUGAGUGUGUGUGGGGAGAGGGGAUCUCAUCCACAGCCGUCAGAGGGAGUGAGUGUGUGUGGGGAGAGGGGAUCUCAUCCACAGCCGUCAGAGGGAGUGAGUGUGUGUGGGAGAGGGGAUCUCAUCCACAGCAGUCAGAGGGAGUGAGUGUGUGGGGAGAGGGGAUCUCAUCCACAGCUGUCAGAGGGAGUGAGUGUGUGUGGGGAGAGGGGAUCUCAUCCACAGCCGUCAGAGGGAGUGAGUGUGUGUGGGGAGAGGGGAUCUCAUCCACAGCCGUCAGAGGGAGUGAGUGUGUGUGGGGAGAGGGGAUCUCAUCCACAGCCGUCAGAGGGAGUGAGUGUGUGUGGGGAGAGGGGAUCUCAUCCACAGCCGUCAGAGGGAGUGUGUGUUGCCAGUUGUAAAUGUGUUUAUGAUGUGUGAUCUGUGUUGUAUGUUGUUCCAAAAGGGAAAGUGAAACAUUACUGUACAUGAUUGGCUUAGGCCUGUAAUUGACUGAUUAUUGAGGUUAUAUAUGAAUGGUAGUAGGCCUGUAAUUGACUGGUUACGGAGGUUAUAUAUGAUUGGCUUAGGCCUGUAAUUGACUGAUUACUGAGGUUAUAUAUGAAUGGUAGUAGGCCUGUAAUUGACUGAUUAUUGAGGUUAUAUAUGAAUGGUAGUAGGCCUGUAAUUGACUGAUUACUGAGGUUAUAUAUGAAUGGUAGUAGGCCUGUAAUUCACUGGUUACUGAGGUUAUAUAUGAAUGGUGAAUGAGUAGUAGGCCUGUGGAAAUAUUGAAACAUGUAAUAUGACUGUUAUAAAAUGUUGAAUAAUAGUGCUAUUUUAUACGAUUAUACUAUUUUUAUAAUUAAAUGAAUACUUUACUUGUGACUGACAAGUAACAAAAUAAAGAAUGUCAAAGUGGAACUACGUUGUGGCCUUGUUAUGUCCUCAUUUUGUGGUAGAUCUUGGUUUACAUUUGGACUUGGGAUGUGAUCUUAGGCUUGAAAAGGUUGGUGACCACUGCACUAUAAUUACCCUACUCACUAUAAUUACCCUACUCACUAUAAUUACCCGACUCACUAUAAUUACCCUACACACUAUAAUUGCGCUACUGAAUAUAUUUAUGACACUGACUUGGCCCAUAGUACUGCCUGCAUCUUACUACUGACAGUGGGCUGUACACAGUAAGUUCUGAUAAAUAAGGAAAUGUAGUUUAUUGUUAACUGUAGCUCCAGCCAUGUGCUAUUCUGUGUCUUUACAAAGUGUUUAUCUUGUUUCCUGUCCUGUUGUUAAACCGACGCACAACAAAAGUGUAAUGAUGUGUUUUUUUCUACUUCUGGAACUUUCUCCUCCUGCUGACUGGUGUUCUCAGCUACCACCUACUGGUGUGGCCCUGUAAUGUUUAUCAGGGAAACAGUUCUAAUCUACUGGGGUGGCCCUGUAAUGUUUAUCAGGGAAACAGUUCUAAUCUACUGGGGUGGCCCUGUAAUGUUUAUCAGGGAAACAGUUCUAAUCUACUGGGGUGGCCCUGUAAUGUUUAUCAGGGAAACAGUUCUAAUCUACUGG